GCGUGAACCGUACGUCACUUACCUGCGACGCCAGGGCCGCUUGGUUUCCGUCACGCGUUUCCUGAGUGAAUGUUGUCAAAGAGCUUUAUAAUCUACGUGUUUACCUGGUUUCACACCAGGUAGUUUCCACAAUGGCGUCCAAACGACACCAGGACGAAUGCGGCAAACGCGAGAAGAAGAAAAAGCAGAAGAGGAGAGAAGAAACGGCGGAACUGAGCUCGGUCGUGGAGGACGAGCUGGCGAAGAGUGCGGUGAAGGAGGCGUGGAGCCGGGCGAGCCGCUGCAGCCUGGGGGAUCUGGAGUUGGACUGCCACCCUUUCCCUCACUGCGUCAUCAAGAACUUCCUCGGCAGCGACACGUUCGUAGAAAACCUGCAGAGGGAACUGCUGGGGCUCAACUUCCACGAGAAGUCAAACGAUCUCUACAAAUUUAAACAGUCAGAUGACUUGAGGAAGAGAACAGAGCCACACAUCGCAGGACUGAGGGCGGCACUGUUUGGGCCUUUCCGUUCUUGGCUUGGUGACGUAUUGGGGGUUAAACUCGAGCCCACCGUGGAUAUUUCUUGUGCCAAAUAUGAAUACACAGAUGUUCUUUUGUGUCACGAUGAUGAAUUGGAGGGAAGGCGCGUUGCUUUCAUCCUGUAUCUUGUGCCGCCUUGGCAAAGCAGCGAUGGGGGAACACUGGAUCUUUACGCAACAGAUGGAAAUUUCCAGCCACAGAGUAUAUCGAAGUCGCUUGUACCCUCUUGGAACACGCUCGUCCUCUUUGAAGUUUCUCCAGUGUCUUUUCACCAAGUGUCAGAGGUUUUGUCACAGGAUAAGUGUCGUCUGUCUCUGAGCGGCUGGUUUCAUGGACCGUCUCUGGAGCGUCCUCCUCGCCACGUAGAGCCGCCCGUCCCGAGGAGUCCACACCUACCAAGAGACGAGACACUGCUGCUGGAGUGGGUCAAUCCGAUUUACUUGGACAUUUCCUAUCAGGAGCAGAUUCAAGAGGAGUUUGAGGACAGCUCUGAAAUUCAGCUCAAAGACUUUCUCAAGGAGGAGAAGUUCAGGGAGGUGGGUGAAGCACUGCGACUCUCUCAGAUUCAGUGGACAAGGAGAGGUCCACCCAAUCAGAGAUGCUAUGAAGUUGCUUCUCUGGACAUGCCCCACGACAUGCCUCAGUGCGUCAGUGCAUGCUGGGAGCUACUUCGUUCAGAGUCUUUCUUCCUGCUCCUCUCCAACUUCACCGGCCUUCGAUUGCACUACUUGUGUCCUGCUGAUGAUGAUGAUGAUGAUGAUGAGAAUAAAAAUGAAGAGAAAGAGAAGGAGGAGCAACAAAACACAGGGGAUGAGGACGCCCCAGGGUCUUCAACAGAAUCACCUUCAGCAAAUGCGAACAGAGACAAAGAGCUGAGCACACCGGUUUGUUGUGGUGAACUGCGGCGAUGGUCUCAUGGCGGCUACACGCUGUUGCAUGAUGGAGAGGCAGCACGGGCAGAGUACGCUCUGGAUCUGGUUUUACCUUUUGGCUGUGCAGACUGGCAGACAGAGUUUGGAGGAUUCACAUCUUAUGUUGCUAACGAAGAGGACGAGGAGCUUCUGACAGUGUAUCCAGAGGACAACUCCCUCGCUCUCGUCUACAGAGACAAAGAAACUCUCAAAUUUGUCAAACACGUCAACCACAAAAGCCCCUCUGAUUCUGCCGGCAGUUCAACCUGCAGAGCAUUUUAUGACUUUUCUUUUGUGUACUAUGAAUAAAUAUUCACAUUGAU